GUCUGGGGCAGGUGGCUGGUGAGUUCUGAUGCAGAUUUUGUUUUUGUUUCUCAGGGCUCUCUUUAUAAAAAGACCCCCAUCUCCAGUUUUCUUUCAGUUUCCACUUCGCCUUAAAAUUCUUCUUACACACUCACCUCUAGAAUCCUCACUUCCUUCCCCCAAUCUCCAAUCAUGAAGUCUUUCUCCCCCGUUGCUCUGGCCUUGAUGGCCGCCUUUGGCAUGGUCGCCGCUGACCCUUCUGCCUCUGAGUGUGCUUCCAUGUGUCUCUCCAACAUGAGCAAGCAGGCCGCCGAUUUGGGCUGCAAGGCUGGUGACCUCGCCUGCCUGUGCAAGAGCGAUAACUACAAGUUCGGUAUUCGUGACUGCACCAAGGAGGCCUGUCCCAGCGACGACGCCGAGAAGGUUCUCGCUAUGGCUAUCGCCAAGUGCCCUGGCGGUGUCUCUGGCUCUGACUCCAGCUCUGCCUCUGCCUCCGGCUCUGACUCCAGCUCCACCUCUGCCACUGGGUCCGACGCCAGCGUGACUGGCACUGGCGUCUCUGGCUCCAAGACUGCCACCGGCUCCGACGCCAGCAUGACUGGCACUGACGCCUCUGGUUCCAAGACUGCCACCGGCUCCAAUGGCAGCGUUACUGGCACUGGUGCCUCUAGCUCCGGUGUUAGCGGCUCUGCUACCAAGACUGGCUCCGUUUCCACCAUCACUAGCACUGACGCCUCCGGCUCCAUGGUGACCAAGACUAGCACCGGCUCAUCUUCUACCUCCACUGGCUCCGGCAGCGGCUCCGACUCUGGGUCUGGCUCCGGCUCCGACAGCUCUGCUUCUGGCUCCGUUUCCGGCUCCGCUGCUCCCACCUCCAGCAACGGUGCCGCUGCCCCCAUGGCCACUGUUGGCAGUGGUGCUAUGGGCGUCCUCGGCCUGUUCGCUAUCCUUGCUCUGUAAAUUUCCCACAUGUGAAGACGUAGAGUCCACUCCAUGUAACUCCAGGUUAAUUUAUGGGUUAUGAUUCAUGUGUCGCCGUCGUCUGGCUUGUAUAGGUACAAUAUGGAAUGAGUUCUUGAUGGGUACAAUCAUGUUUUGUCUUCUCGUUGCUCUACGGGGCUGUUAAUUUAAUGUCAAUCGAGCUUAAUGAAUGAAAUCUAUAUUAUGGCAUCUA